AUGUCAUCCUCGGCGUAUAUUGUAGCAUUCAUAGCAAUUUCUUUAUAUUAUUUUAAAUGUUAUCAAACAAACUUGCCUCCUGCUUAUGAAGGAAUAUUUUUACCAGAAUUCCGUCCAGUCGCUGAGUUGUUCAGAUCACAGGUUGAAAGUGGGCAGGAAAUAGGAGGAACAUUUGCAGUUUACUAUAAAGGACGUCUCGUAGUUGACCUCUGGGGAGGAUAUGCAGACAGGCAAUACGAUCUGCAAAAAUGGAGGAACGACACUUUACCAAUAACAUUUUCAACAACAAAAGGAAUGGUGUCUAUUCUGGCAGCAAAGAUGGUAGAUCAGAAAUUACUAGACUAUAAUAAACUCGUGUCCCACUAUUGGCCUGGAUUUGGUUGCAAUGGGAAAGAAAAUGUCACAGUAGAAAUGUUGCUUCAUCACGCGGCAGGCCUUGCUUAUCUGAACAAUCCAUUCAGUAUGCUUGAGUUGCAUCAUAAUCCACUGAAGGCCGAAAAAAGUUUGGAAAAAGAACCGCCUAAAUGGCCACCAGGUACUGCCACAGCAUAUCACGCAUUAACUUUUGGUGCUUAUGUAGACCGUUUAUUGACAAAGGCAGAUCCAAAACAUCGUCGAAUAGAUCAGUUGUUUGAGGAAGAAAUAUCUCAGCCCUUCGACAUAGAUUUUCGAAUUGGACUUCCAAAGAAUAUGUCUUACAGGGGAGCACGGUUUGAGCCUUAUGGACUAAAUGCGUUUUUACGAAAUGCCCUUAAAACACCGUCAAUGUGGAUGUUUGUAAUUGGAUUGCUUCUUAAUCCAGACAAUCUACUGAGUAAGGCAUCAGAUGCAGUUACUGAUCAGAUAACGACUGAUCCCUACAUGAGAGAAAUCGCUAUUUCAUCUGUAAGUGGACAUGGAACUGCUCGAGGUAUGGCAAAACUGUAUGGAAUUUUAGCUAAUGGAGGAAAACUUGGGGAUAAACAGUUUUUGUCAGAAGAAACAUUAAAAGCAUUAACAACUCCGAAAGUAGCAGGUGAAAGUUUGAACUAUGGAAGAAAAAUACAAAUGGGAAGAGGACUGUUCUACUCAAAAAAUCCAAAGAAUGAAGAUGUAUAUGGACAUCCCGGGUAUGGCGGACAGAUGGCGUAUGGCGAUACAAUAAAUAACAUAGGCAUGGCCUAUCUUACAAAUGAUCUAUCUGCAUUUGGUUACGGAAACGAUCCUAAGUUCUUAGCAUUGCAGAAGGAAUUUUAUAACUGUUUAAAUAAUAUUGAAAAAUCGAAAUCUUCCUUAGGUAAACAGUUUGACACAUUAUCAGUAUCUUAGUACGUAACUAUAACGUAGUUAUAAUAUAUGUGUAAAUAUGCGUAAAAUACAUCGGGAGCUACAAAGAAGUGAAUUGAACGACGCUUGUUCUUAAACGAUUUUAUUUCUUUUUUAUUUGAAUUAGAAUUUAAGAUCUGUUAUCCCACCUUUUUCAUGAACAGUAAAAAGAGGUAAGGCGAGCAACUGUGUAAUGUUAUUCCUUAUGAUAACCAUUCUUUUUUAUUUUUGAUGUAUUAAUAUUUAAAACUUUAUAUUCAGUUCAUAUCAGUAGAACAAUAAAAGUUUUCAAACCUUAGGAAAUUACACAAUUUCUUUUGAAAAUUGGCUUUAAAUUCUGUUGAAGUUGGACAAAAAAAAACUGAAAAAAAAUAUGUUUCAAACAACCUUUCCCUACGUGCCGUCCGAAUUUCGUUCUCCUUUCGUUUUAUGGUAUGAUUUGGCGAAUAAUGUGAAAAAGGAACCGAACUUUAUGAUGUAAAAACGAAACAUACUUUGCUUAAUACACUCUUAGAACACGAAUGUCGCGACACAACAGUUACUAGCACCAAACAUUGAACAGGGAACAAAUAACAAAUAUAUACGAGGAAAAGAGAACUUUGAACAACCAAAAAAGUAAAGGAAAUCGACCGGUUUCUGAAAUAAAUUCCAGGCCUAAAAAGACCGCAUGCUUUAUAUUAAUGAAUCUUUAAAUGUCCAUUGUCCAUAUGCUUCCGUACUUAAACUUUUGUAUUCUCAUCUACUCUCUGUAACCACUUAAUAAACAGAACAAAAAGAUUGUGAAAUAUUUUUUGUCGCCAUAAUCUAAUUUAUUAGACAAAAUGAAAAAUGAUAGAUAAAACUAGACUUGCCAUUGCAAGCAAUAGCGGAUGUCACCCGCCCUUAUUGCCAUGGUUACGGCAGCCAUUUUGAAAAUUCCAAAGUCGAAUGCCAAAUAAAUAUAUGCCAGUUAACAUUUCUGUAAAGUCUUUCGAAUCCCCCCCUCUUUCCCCUUCCAUCUCCCUUCCAUUUAACGUUAUUAUAUUUAGAACUUUAGUACUAGAACUGGCAAACAACCAAUAUUUUAUGUAAGGAAAAGCAAGGUGUACACAAAUAUACUUUAUAUAGAAAGUUUGUUUGUGUCUCCAACAGAAUAUACAAAUAUUUUCGUUGUUACAGCAAUACUACAAUAUGAACGAACGUCUGUUUUCUUAACAUUAACUUGCUUUUAACUUCUAUUAGAAUAAUUAAAAUGAAUUUAAACUUUCUGAUAAUCCUCAAUGAAGACAAAUAAUUGAUAGUGUUGUCAUUGUGGUUUAUAUUUGUUAAGAAUUAACUUACCACAGCCGCUUAAAAACUAAUGUUUUUCAAAUCAAUAAAUAAUAAAUAAUUUAAGAGUGAAAUUAAAAAAAGCACCAAAGACAAUAAAUGUUAUGAGAUGUUUUUUUUCAAAAAUACUACAUGGCUUUUUAAGGAAGGCAUGUCGGGAGUGAGGCUUUUCUUCUGCCCACCCCUCCUUAUACUUAAUCAGAACUGAUAUUACAAAUUAAACGACUGUUAAUCUUUUUUAUUGGUUAAACUUCGGUACUGGCAUGAAAAUAUCGAUAUUUUGUUAAUAAAAUUAGCAGUGAC